GUGGGUAAAUGGCGAGUGGACGGAACGUCGGACGCUGGGCGGUAUCGUAGACCGAAGUCUGUUUGUGUGCCUAGGAGAACUGUUGGGCCUGGAACAUCCGUUGACCAACACAGAGCUGGCAUGUCAUCUGGUCGUCCCAUUAAGUGUGUUGUGGUUGGAGAUGGCACAGUUGGGAAGACGUGCAUGCUGAUCUCCUACACCACAGACAGCUUCCCAGGAGAAUAUGUGCCCACCGUGUUCGACAACUACUCGGCACCCAUGGUGUGUGAUGGCAUCCCUGUGAGUCUCGGCCUCUGGGACACGGCUGGCCAGGAGGACUAUGACCGGCUGCGGCCUCUGUCCUACCCCCAGACAGACGUCUUCCUGAUCUGCUUCUCGGUCGUGAGUCCGUCCUCGUUCGAGAAUGUCACAACCAAGUGGUGCGCCGAGAUCAAGCACCACUGUCCGGAGGCGCCCGUCAUACUCGUCGGUACCAAGAUUGACCUGCGGGAGGACAAGGAGCAGCUGCAGCAGCUGUCGGAGCUCGGCCUGUCGCCCGUCAAACGGGAGCACGGCCAGAAGCUGGCGCACAAGAUCAGAGCUGUCAAAUACAUGGAAUGCUCGGCGCUGACCCAGCGCGGCCUCAAACAGGUGUUUGACGAGGCGGUACGCGCCGUGCUGCGGCCGGAGCCGGUGCGACGGCGCCAGCGCAAGUGCGCCGUCAUGUAGCGGCCGCUCCGGGGAGAGACGGACCCGCUCUGCCGGGCGCCGGCCCUCCGUGCCGCCGGCCCCGUUCGUUCUCCGCAGAGUAGCUCCGCCGCGUGCUUCCAGCGGGAGCCGGGGAGCCGCGCUCGGCACCUACCGCUGCCCCGAUCUAGUCGCUGCCCGGUGCGCUGCCGCCCGGGCGCAGUGGGCAGCUGCCCGGUCCGAGUCAGGCCGGCGGGCUCUGGAAUCAGACGGACUCCCGCAUUACAUGGUUCGGUGGAGUCUGUUCUACAUGUUCCGAUACAAUUCGUGCGCUGUGUAAUCGGACGGCUUGUGCUCCCUGAUCAUGUGGAGUGUGCUCCUCGAUCACAUAGUACAUAGUGUGUUCCGCGAUCAGUUGGUGUGAGCGCU